GCCGGAUGCGGAGGGCGCCGCGCCUCAUGUCCAGACGGUGCCGCGCGUGCAGGGAGCGGAGCUGCCCGGGGACGCUCUGCCCGCGCCCGCCGCCGGCAUGCGGGACUACGACGAGCUGAUCUCCUUCCUGGGCGAGUGGGGCCCCUUCCAGCGCCUCAUCUUCUUCCUGCUCAGCGCCAGCAUCAUCCCCAAUGGCUUCAACGGCAUGUCCGCCGUCUUCCUGGCCGGCACCCCCGAGCACCGCUGCCGGCUGCCCCCCAGCGCCAACCUGAGCCGCGAGUGGCUCAACGCCAGCAUCCCCCGCGAGCUGCAGGGCGGCCGGGAGGGGCCCAGCAGGUGCCGCCGCUACCGCCUGGAGUCGCUGGCCAAUUUCUCCGCGCUGGGGCUGCAGCCCGGCAGGGACGUGGACCUGAGUCAGCUGGAGCAGGAGAAGUGCCUGGACGGCUGGGAGUACAGCCGGGAGCUCUACCUCUCCACCAUCGUCACCGAGUGGAAUCUGGUAUGUGAGGAUGACUGGAAAACCCCCCUGACUACCUCCUUGUUUUUUGUGGGGGUGCUUAUUGGAUCCUUUAUAUCAGGACAGCUCUCAGACAGGUUUGGCAGAAAGAGUAUUCUCUUUGCAACCAUGGCAGUGCAGACUGGCUUCAGUUUUGUGCAGAUCUUCUCUACCAGCUGGGAGAUGUUCACAGUGCUGUUUCUUAUAGUUGGCAUGGGACAGAUCUCGAACUACGUGGUGGCCUUCAUUCUGGGCACAGAAAUUCUUGGCAAAUCAGUUCGUAUUAUAUUCUCUACAUUAGGAGUUUGCAUAUUUUUUGCAAUUGGCUACAUGUUGCUGCCACUGUUUGCUUACUUCAUCAGAGACUGGCGGAUGCUGCUACUGGCUCUUACUGUACCUGGGGUUCUCUGCAUUCCACUGUGGUGGAUCAUUCCUGAAUCUCCCCGGUGGCUGAUCUCUCAGGGAAGAUUUAAAGAGGCAGAAAUCAUCAUCCGAAAGGCUGCAAAAACAAAUGGCAUUGUAGCCCCAGCUAUGCUGUUUGACUCCACAGAGAUGCAGGAUAUGAAGCUUCAGCAGCAGCAGAAGGCAUACAUUUUGGACUUGUUCAGAACCCGAAACAUUGCAGUUAUUACUGUUAUGUCAUUGUUGCUGUGGAUGUUAACAUCAAUUGGUUACUUUGGACUGUCACUCAACACUCCCAACUUGCAUGGAAAUGCCUACAUCAAUUGCUUCCUCUCAGCCAUUAUUGAAGUUCCGGCUUAUGUGAUUGCCUGGCUGCUCCUCCGAACCUUACCUCGGCGGUAUUCCAUAUCUGGCACCUUGUUCUUGGGAGGAGGGGUUAUUCUCUUUAUUCAGCUGGUGCCUACAGACUUUCACAUCCUGUCUGUCUUCCUGGUGAUGCUGGGGAAGUUUGGGAUCACAUCCGCAUUCUCAAUGCUUUAUGUCUACACUUCUGAGCUCUACCCAACAAUAGUAAGAAACAUGGCAGUUGGAGCUACUUCCAUGUCUUCCAGGGUGGGCAGCAUCAUCGCUCCUUACUUUGUUUACCUUGGUGCCUAUGACAGAUUCCUGCCUUACAUUCUCAUGGGAAGCCUGACUGUGCUGAUAGGGAUCCUUACCCUGUUUCUCCCAGAAAGCUAUGGAAAUCCUCUCCCUGAGACCUUUGACCAGAUGCUAAGAGUAAAAGGAUUCAGAAACAGACAACGCACCAACCAUGUAAGGAGUUCAAAGGAGAUUGAAGACUCCAAGACUCAGAUAACAGCGCUAUGACUAGGCUCUGCAUCUCCUGAUGGGCUGGAAAAAGAACAAGUACUGCUCAAUGCAUUUCCUACCAGAAAAAAACCUGGGGUCAAAACGACUGGUGCCACAUAGUGAUGAACCUGCAAUCUCCAGUACUAUUGUACUAAAUAUAGUGCUGUGAAGAUGCCAUCUACUUCCAUAGGAUUCCCCAUAAUUUAUCCUCAGUGACCUGAUUUUCAGAGGUUUCAAUCAGCUGUAGCUUCUGUUUAAGUAGGAAACUCUGAGUGCUCAGCACCCUCUGAAAAUCAGGUUAUAAGAGAGCAUUAGGAGCAGUCACAGCACUGACUCAAUGGAAUCUUGCACUCAAAAGCUGCUUAAACGUGAACUGAAUACCAAAGUAAAAAAUUAGUUCAAGAUUCUAACGCCGGUAUUUUCAAAUGAGAACUAUUUCAAAGUCUUAAUGCUUAAAUGAACAUUAAAAAAAAAAAGUUAGAACAAUAUUAGAUGAAGAGUCAAAUGACAGCGCUGCUUACAGUGCAAUACACUUUAUACUUAUGCUGUUAGUUCCUGCACUACAGGAUUUCGAACAAAUACUGUGCUAGAAGAAAACAGUGUUAUAAUGCUUUCUUAGCAAAAAGAUAUUUUCGUUGCUUAUGUACUUUCUGGCCAAAUGAAAUCUGUCUCGCCUGCCGGAUUGACGAUGGCUAAUCAUUAUUCAGAAGGUGACAUUCCCCUACUGUGCACAGGACGAGCAAAAGGAGUAUGCACCAGUUAAGCCUCAGUCUGAAAGCUUAAGGGGGAUUUGAGUGCUGUGUUUGUCUUGUGCUGGCCCUUGGCAUAGGAGUGAAUUUCACCUUAGUAAGUUUAAACAAAGAGAAACUUCAUAACCUCUCACCUACUUAAAUUGUGUAAUACUGGCAUGCACUGCCAUCUGGGCUUCAUGAAACUUUUUUGCUUUCAUGUGGAAGCCAGUUGUGGCCAAGAUACAAGUGCAACACAGCACAUCAGUAAUGGUAGAGCGACAGUCAUUUAUGAAACUGAAUCUAUCAGGCUAAGGUAUUCAAACAGAAAUUAAAUUGAAGUGCAUCAGACUAUUUGUUUCAGGCUUAAAGACUCUGGCUUUGAAAAUCAAACCUUUCUUUUGCAUAAAUGGUUUUGCCAUAUUGAUAAUGUAGUGCAAGGCAGCCAUUGUCCUAGGCCAAGGUUCUGUUCCAUUGCUGCUAUCUCAUCUCUUUUCAGAUAGAGUUUUCUUCAGAAGGCAUUUGCAAUAUUUAAAGAUUUGAUAUAGCUGAUUUUUUUUUAAUAUAGAGGAAAUUCCCUUUGGUCUAACAUGUAGAAUAACUGUUUAGAUUACUUCAGUUACCAUUUUCAUCAAACCCUUGAUAUUAGCAUGGGAUAGAGCUGUUUACAUGAGAUUUGGGAUUGGGCUUGGUAUACUGUGGCCAUAUUUUUAUGAAGAUACUUUCUAUAAAAAAGGCGAUACUUAUUCUCUUUUAUGUGAUCAGAGACUUGGAUAUUUCUGAAACCAAUUGAAAUAUUUUUAUACUCUUGUAACUUUUUAGGAUCACAGAAAACUUAAUUUUGCAUGUUUUUAAUUAAAAUAAAAAACAAGUUUGUCUAUGUUUUUGACAACUUGUGUUUAUCAGUCCAUUUCCCAGGCCUGUAGCACUGAUGCAUCUCAUAUAGUUUAAGUAUUAGCAGCUUUAUUUUUAAUGAGACUCUUUUUGACAUGAGGGGACUGUAUUCAGAAGAUUGUGAAACUGUUAUAACAAGGACUUUAAAUUGUGUCUAAACCUAGCAAAAAAAGGAGUUACUUCACCUGAUGGAGCAUUUGCAAGAAGGCUUUCAGUCUUCCGAGAAAUCUCUCCCAGGUAUGAACAGUGAUGUCUGAAGACAUCCCUCUAUGGAGGGAUCAAGAGGGGCAAAAAGUCCAGUUUCUGGCACUAUUAUUAUUUUAUUUAUUUCUUCUAAAAUGGUAACGCCUCCCUAAGAGAAUUGCAUAGGCUUAAAAUGCUGCUGGACAUGUUUUAACAUACACUUGGUUUCGCCUAGCACUGCAGUCCUCAUGAUAAGUUGUCUGCCUGUCAAAUACAGCUUUGAUUAUAACAUUUUUCAGAUAAGUUAUAAGUUGGGGCUCAAUAUGGGAGCUGUAUAUUUAUGAGCAGUCAGGGUACCACCUGUAAAGCAGUGCUUUGGGGUUGGGGAAGGAGAGGACUAUUCCCAUUGAUUUUGCUGGGAGUUGUAUUAUUCCUCAUGUGCCUUGAUAAUCGCAUAUACCCUGCUGUGUCUGUAUAAUCUAUCCUCAGCAAGAUCUGAAGCUGGCUUAUUGGAACUGCUGAAGUAUAGACGAAAAUGUGGCAGUUGCCAUUAGCUUGUUUUUCUUUAUUAUAAUAAAAAUGUGCACUGACCUAUUAUAUAACCUAUUUUAUCUGUGGACUAUAACUGAAAAGAGUGAAGUCUCCUAUGUGUUUAAAACUUUGUGAAAGGAAGUCUCUUUCUUUAAGACAUUGACUAAAUUAUGUUUCAGUAACUGACUAUCAUAGUUAUGAAUCUGUUUGAAUAGGCUCAUAAGGUGUGUGUGUGUGUGGGGGGGAAAUGCAAGUGAAAUCUAAUCUGCAAGCGGGUGGGAAAAGUUUUUGUUAAAGCUAGAAGUUCAUUUCACGUUCUUCUUGCACCAGGUUGGGCUUGGUGAAUGUACUUUAACAAUAGAGCCCCAAGAGAGAGCCACUGCUAUGGGCAAAGAAGGAUUGUUUUGGUCUUAAAAGCCUGUGGUAUUUGCAGACUUCUUUAAAAGUUCACAGAACUCUAGUGACUGAUGUCUGAGCCUAGAACUCCUCAUUGCAAAUUGUUAAAUGCUCUCCAAGUCUUAAAAGGACGCUGUCUAGACCAGGGGUUCUCAACCUUUUUCUUUCUGAGGCCUCCCCAACAUGCUAUAAAAACUCCACAGCCCGCUUGUUCCACAACAACUCUUUCUGCAUUUCCAGUAGAUCAGGGGUUCUCAAACUGGGGGUUGGGACCCCUCAGGGGGUCGCGAGGUUAUUACAUGGGGUGUCGUGAGCUGUCAGCCUCGACCCCAAAACCUAUUUGGCCUCC